AUGGUGAUAUCGACAUCAUUCCUACUUUUGUGCGUUUCAUUCCUCAGGACAGUCGCGAACCAUCCCAAUAUUGAUGUAAUCUUGCAGGCGGGUCUUUUUUCAGCUGUCACCACCUCCUUCAUAAUCGCAUCGCAGCCUAAUGCAGCGGACACCACCAAUGCACUGCUGACCCAACUCAUAUUGCUCGCGGCAAAUGGUACUUCAGCACCCCAGAGUAUCACGCUUCCGCAACCAGCAGGGUACUCACCUAGUAGUGUGUGGGCGCAAAGCCUAGCAUACGCCAGUCUUCUACUUAGCCUUUUGGCUGCCUUUGGUGCAAUUCUGGGCAAACAGUGGCUAGGCUAUUACAAGUCUAACAGACACGGUCAUGGUUCAUUAGAGGAUCGUGGAAGGCGACGGCAACAGAAGAUGGAAGCGCUAAGGACGUGGUACUUUGAUGCCGUGGUUCAGUCCUUCCCGGCUUUGUUGCAGGUUUCAUUGUUCCUUUUCGGUGCCUCCCUCAGUAUCAACAUGUGGUCUCAGCAACAGACUAUCGCACGUGUCAUAAUCUGCAUCACAUCGUUUGGCGUUUCGCUUUAUGGAUUCACCGUCUUCGCGUCCCUCAUGUCCUCGGACUGUCCUUUUCAAACUCCUGUCUCUGUUGUCAUCAGACUUGCUUGGCAGCUCACAAAA